ACGUUAGCUUGUGACUCACAGUGGUAGUGGAGCCAUGUGGAAGGUGUCGCGUUAACGUUGCAGUAGAGUUGUUUAACCUGUUGAAGAUUUAACUUUAACGGCGCAAUGGACGGGUUUUUGGUUUGUUUUGUUUUUUUUACCGACAGCACAAAUAAAGUGUAGCAACAAUUAAAGUGAAUGUGUUGAUUCAUCCGCGUUACAACCCGCUGAAUAAUGGGGAAAUCUAAGACCAAGAACCAGAAGAAAUCCCGAGCAACAGCCAACCAUGUGGCCGAGGAGACGUACGGAGCUGUCCCCCACUCCUUCGUCUUCCAUCGGGGUCAGAUUGGGAAAAACGUGGGUCAGCUCAUCCUGGACGUGCGGAGGGUCAUGGAGCCAUUCACCGCAGAGUCCCUGAAGAUUAGGAAAAAGAACGUGCUGAAAGACUUUGUGGCCAUCGCGGGACCACUGGGAGUGACGCACUUCAUGAUCUUCAGUAAGACCCCCAGCAGUCUCAACAUGAGACUUGCUCGACUUCCCAAAGGUCCCAUGCUUCAUUUCAGAGUGCUCAAGUACUCUCUGGUCAAAGAUGUGGUCUCAUCCCUGAAGAAGCACCGGAUGCACGAGCAGCAGUUCACACACCAUCCACUACUCAUCCUCAAUAAUUUUGGAACUGAUGGCAUGCAUGUCAAACUCAUGGCCACCAUGUUUCAAAACAUGUUUCCUUCCAUUAAUGUGCACAAGGUAAACCUAAACAACAUCAAGAGGUGUGUGCUGCUGAAUUACAACCCGGCGACCCAGGAAAUAGAAUUUCGACAUUACAGCCUGAAGGUCGUCCCCGUGGGCAUGAGCCGCGGAGUGAAGAAGCUGAUGCAGGAGAGGUUCCCCAACAUGAGCAAGUUUGAGGAUAUCAGUGAGCUGCUGAUGAAGGGGGCGAACCUUUCAGAAAGCGAAGCAGAACAAGAUGGCGAGCACAACAUCACGGAACUGCCGCAGGUCUACUCCGGCCGAGGCAACAUGGCGUCCCAACAGAGCGCUGUCCGUCUGACUGAGAUUGGGCCUCGCAUGACUCUGCAGCUGCUGAAAAUACAAGAAGGAAUGGGAGAGGGGAAUAUCAUUUAUCACUCAAUCAUCUCCAAGACGGAGGAGGAGAUCCAGGAGAUCCUGAACAGGAAGGAGGCCCAGCUGAAAGACAAAGAGGGUCGCCGGAAAAAACAGGAGCAGAAUGUUGCUCAGAAGAAAGAGCAACGAGAAGAGAACAAAAAAAGGAGCCUGGAGGGCAUUAAGAGGAAACAUGCCGAGGCUGAAGAGGACAGCGAGGUGGAGGAUCCUGGGAUGCAGGACGACCAAAGACCUGUUGUUGAAUCUGAUGAUGAGGUGGAGUACUACAGACAGGCUGUAGGAGAGGAGCCAGAUGAAGACAUGUUCCCUAGUACCAAGAAGAGGAAGCUGGCCCCUGGUAAACAACCAUGGAGAGACAGAGAUUCCAAAUCACCAAGGAGAGAUGGUCCAGGAGGAUCGCAGCACAGAGACAAAGCAGGAAAAGGCUGGAAGAACUCCAGGGACGGGGACAAACCAUUCGGAAAGAAAAUGAAGCCGGGAGGAAAGACAUUCGGCGGCAAAAAAUAUGGUGACGGUGAUAAGAAAUUUGGUGGGAAGAAGAAAUUUGAGGGGAAUAAAACCUUUGGUGGAAAGAGUAAUAAGGACAAAUCGUUCAGAUCUAAAGGUCAGAAACCCAAGCCGGGCUUUAAGAAGAAAGGCGCAGGAGGCUUUAAACAGAGGAAGGGAAAAGGCUGAAAACUCUGCCUCUUCUUUCUGGACUUUGGACAUUGAAUGUGUUUAUUGUGCUGGAGCAGCAGAUGGCAGCAAGCAUCCAUUUGCCAUCAAUGCCUCAGUCUGUGCAGUGAGUUAUGGUUGCCUGUGAGACUGUUGAUUGCUGAAACUCAGCAAGACAAAAGUAAACAAAUGUGCUAUAUUUUCACAAUGUAUGAUUAAUAUUGAAUAUGUACUUGUUCAAUAAAUGGUUUAAAAAAUGU